AUGGCAACAUCUCGCCUACCCGCCCUCAGCAGCCUCCUCGGCCGCCAACUGCGCACCCUCCGAGCCCCCAUCCAGCAACGGCGCUGGGCCCAAGUUCAGGAUGUGCGCUUCGUAGCUACCACGCAACCGCGGCGCAGCGUCAUCGAAAAGUACCGAGAGAAGCUCGAACGCAAGGCGCGCGAGGAGCAUUUACAAGACAUCAACCAAUUGAAGGCAGCCUACGCAGACAAGAUACAAGAAGUGCGCAAGAAGGACGGCGUGUCAGUGCCUGGUCUAGAUGCCCUGCUGUCGGACGAACCACCGCCGCAAACACAAUCACAGGACUCGACGACGACGACGACAGGCACAACAGCAACGUCACCACACCCACCGUCCCCGUCCUCCCCCUCAGCAGGCAAAGCCUCCAUAAAACCCCUCUCUUCCCUCCUCGACCUCCCCAAAGUUCGCGCCCUCCCGCUGAAAGAACUAACCACCAUCUGGCGGCUCCGGCACGCCUCCUCCUCGCUAACCCUCUGCGCCGCCAUCCCAACCUCAACCUACACCUCCAUCUCCACCACCGCCUUGCGCCACCCAACCUUUGUGCUUCCCGUGCCGCGCCCCGGCGCCGGCGCCGAGAUCCAUUUCCUGCAGUGGGUGUUCGACCGCGAGAGCAGCACGGCGACGGUGCUCUUCACGCAGCUGGCCGAGUACAAAGCCCGGGGGGAAUGGGCGCAGCCGCACACGAGCGUGACGCACUACUGGGACUCUGGACUGGCGGAGGGGCCGGCGCAGGCCGUUUUGAUGGCGGGCAGUGUAGUGGAGGGACGGGGCGCCACGGUUGAGGAUGCGAGGUGGUUAGUUAUGCUUAUGCAGCGGUUUUAUGGGCCAGAGGGGACGCAGGGGACGGGGGAGAAGGGGAGAUUGUUGGAGGAGUUUUCGAGGGGGGAUGGCAGUUUUAGUGUUGAGAGGUUGUUGGAGGAGAGUGAGAAGUUGGGUUGA